AAGAAGAAAUAUCAGCGUCUAUCGAAGGAAGCGGUAACGGCUUUGCGGUCAUGGCUCUACAACCAUCAAGACUACCCCUACCCCACAAAGGAGGAGAAAGAUGCCCUGCAGCAGCAGACAGGGCUCCACCAAGCUCAGAUAUCCGACUGGUUUAGUAAUGCACGACGGCGCACCUGGUUCGGAGGAAGUGCGUCCCAGGCAGUCGAACAACCGGCACCAGCGGCUGAUCACUCUCUACAAUCGCCCAUGGAAAGAUGGAAGAAUUCCCCGCCAGACAGUGAGGCGGCUGCGACCUCGGACAUCAUGCGAGCUUUGGAUAGCAUAGAACGUCCGGAUGACGAUGAGGAGAGUGCGGGAACCUCAGCUUCUCAGUAUGCUUGGUCGAGCCAUAGUUCCAGUAACUCCUUUGUCGUUGGAGCUCCAUCUACCAGCACGCUGGGUCAUAGCCAUUCAUCGGGCUCCGAGGCUUCCUUGGGCCACCACACACACUAUCAGCCCGUGCAACGACCGCCGACUCCCAUGAAUGGCCGGCGAUCUCUGUCUGGUCGUCGCCAUCGCCGGCGUCAGAAGCCUCCACGUCCCAACGAUUCCCAAGCACAUCGCCAAACGAGGGAAGACCGUCCGUACCAGUGCACAUUCUGCACCGACUCUUUCCGCACGAAGUAUGAUUGGGAGCGACAUGAAAAAACUUUGCAUCUGCCUGUGGACCUUUGGACGUGCGCCCCCGACGGUGGUAUCGUUGUUGUCGACGGAACCCGGACUUGCGUGUUCUGUCAGGCCCCAGACCCGGAGACUGGUCAUCUUCUCGACCGACACAACUAUUUUGCAUGCCAAUCUAGGGCAGACGGGCAACGAACGUUUUCCCGCAAAGACCAUCUACGGCAGCACCUGAAACUCACGCACAGUGCGGAGUAUCACUCCGGCAUCAUGGAUGGAUGGCGAGCAUCGCGCACCAUUGUCUCCCGCUGCGGGCUCUGUGACGCGACCUUUGCAACCUGGAAAGAGCGUGUAGACCAUGUUGGGGCUCAUUUCAAGAAUGGCGCCGAUAUGGCGGAGUGGAAGGGUGAUUGGGGGUUUGCGCCAGACGUGCAACGGUUGGUUGAGAAUGCCAUGCCGCCCUACCUUUUGGGUCACGAACGGCGCACAAUGGACCCCUGGAAAUCGUCCGUUGCGCUGCUGGGAGGGAGCGUUCCCGAACAGGAGGACACACUGGGCUUUUCCUACGUGUCGAUCGGGAAUGACGUUCCCAAUGCCCUUAACCGCUACACGGAUUUACGUCGCGCCCUGAUAGAUUACAUUCAUAGUCAGACUGCCGCUGGCAUCUGUCCCACGGACGAGAGGCUACAGCAAGUGGCCCGUCAAUUUUCCUACGGUGGGAAUGACCCUUUGGAUCAAACAUAUGCGGAUUAUGACCCCUUGUGGUUGGAGGCUGUCAAGCAGGAGGCGGGCCUCGGCACGAAGCCG